UAUUUAAUUUAGUCUAAAAACAAGUUGAGUCUUCGACCUUAUUGCUGAUGUAGUAAAAACAACAUCCAGCGAUACACAGUCUAUAAAUGUUGACGUGUCCAUAUUUAGGCUUAUGAAGGUGUACUUCAUAGAACACUGUAGGAUACAGGGAAGGUGUGUGCGGGGGUCACGUUUGAGGUGGAAAAGUUGACGGUUUAGUUCGGCACAGAGGAAGUAACCACCAAAGCUACUUAUUGAGGAGUGCGCUGCUCUGUUCCUAAACUUUAUUCAGGUUGUAUGCGGGACAGGACAGUGUUAUACUCAACUGAAGUUUUUUGGGAGGGCAUCCCACUUUUUUUGGAGGAGAGUUUCCCUUCAUUUUUUUGUUUGUUAUUGUCUAUCAAAAACAUAUUAGGCUACUGAGCAUUUGCAUUUGAAUUUUAAGAGGUGCAGCUUCCGCUGACGAAGAUCACUGAUUAUCACUUGAACAGGGGAGACACAAAAGCUCUCCACCAACUAUGGAAACAGAAGCAACUGAUGGAUAUUCUGCAAGUAAUGGAGACUGCUCUCCCAGGAAGACAGAGAACUCUAGAAUGUUGGUGGACCUGUCGGCAAACACACCCAAUGCACAGCAGCCCCAGGGUCCUUAUUCACCGACUGAACACACCAUCAAACAAGAAGAAGAGACAGAAGAUGAAAGGGACAGGAGGACCACAGCUGAGGAUAUGGGACGAAGUGGGGAAGAGGAAUCGGGAUUGGAAGAGCCCAUAAUUGACAGCCCAAACAACCUACAGGAUGGGGUCCCUGGGUCAGAUGGGUCAUGUGACCCAGGAACUCGGCUGCCCAAUGGUGAUAGGCCGUUCCAGUGUAACCAGUGUGGUGUGUCGUUCACUCAGAAGGGCAAUCUGUUGAGACACAUCAAACUGCACACGGGGGAGAAGCCCUUCAAAUGCCCCUUCUGCAGCUACGCCUGCCGCCGUCGUGACGCACUCACAGGCCACCUACGCACACACUCAGUGGGUAAACCACACAAGUGUGACUACUGUGGGCGGAGCUACAAACAGAGGACAUCAUUGGAGGAGCAUAAAGAGCGCUGCCAUAACUACCUUGAGAGUGCUGGCAUGGAUCCCACCUCCGUCACUGGGCCUUAUCCAGGUGAGGUCCCUAAAGAGCAGAGGCCCCUGGCUGAGGCCGCUGCCAUGGCAACAUUAGACCGGCCACCUGUCAUUGAGAAACUGCAGAGUAAUGUAGGGAAGAGGAAGAGUACCACUCCACAGAAGUUUGUGGGUGAGAAGAUGAUGCGUUACAGUUACCCGGAGCUGAGCUUUGAGAUGGGUCUGAAGUAUGAGAAGGAGGCAGAGCUGAUGCAGGCUCACAUGAUGGACCAGGCUAUCAACAACGCCAUCUCUUACCUGGGCUCUGACUCCCUGAGACCCCUGGUCCACCAUCCCCACCCCCAUGGUCCCCACGGUCCACAGCCUUCUCUUUCUAUGGCCGAGGUGGUACCCAUGGUCAACCCCCUCUUCCACCACGUCUACCCUCUGGGGUCAGGGCUGCGUAUGGACCGACCAGGUGGCCGCGACGGCCCACCUCAUCCUUCACCUCUGCCCCCUCCUCCCCCUGACUUCCAUCCUUCCUCCAACGGGCCCAUCGCCCUCUCCAGACCCAAGCAGCACCACCCACAGGGUACCAGAGAGGAAAAAGAGUCUCCUAGCAACAGUGGGCUGGACUCGGCCGACUCUGCCCGGAGCAGCCCACAGGAUAGGCUGGGUUACCACUGGAACAACCCCCACCACCGUCCCAGAUCCAGCCCAGCAUAUGGCGGCAGAGAGGAGGGGCGAGGCGUGGCUGAGGUGGCCCAGGGAGUGGCAGCUGAGAGGCCUAUAAGUCGGGAAGGGGUGCGUGUGUUUGGGCGAGAGGGGCGGAAGAUGAGGGUGUUCCAGUGUGAACACUGCCGCAUUCUCUUCCUGGACCACGUCAUGUACACCAUCCACAUGGGUUGUCAUGGUUACAGGGACCCGCUGGAGUGCAACAUCUGUGGCCACCGCAGCAAGGACCGCUAUGAAUUCUCAUCUCACAUCAUCCGUGGGGAACACACCUUCAACUAGAGGGGUGGACUGGACAGUAGCCACCACUGGUCCCCGCCCCAUCCCACCUCAGGACAGUGAUGUUGAACUAACUGUGUGUGGUCAAUGCAACCAACUAGGAGAGAGAGAACUAACCAACAUUUGCUGCAGCAUAAUGAUACUAGCUAUAUAUCAUUCCGAACAAAUAUAUGAAGGUCUGGGCCAAAUACACAUUUGAAUUGUGCAAGGUGUUUUGAAGAAUUUGAGGUUGAGAUAUGUAUCUCAAGUGAGGGAUUUUUUGGGGGAGUGAAGAAGAUCACAAAGAAGUAGUACACCUAGACAGUUUUGUCAUGGUGUGUCUCAGAUUGUCACAGAGCAGCUAAUACUGUGAGUAGUUCUAUUAUAGUUUAUCCCUGUUCCUUUCUUUCUGAAUAAUGUACUGUUGGACUUGUUCGUUGCCACAUAGACUGCCAUGUAAGGUCUCAACUUAUCAAGGGGGCUUUCCCUGACCCCACCAACUGAACCAUACUUUAGAAUAUAAUAUUCUUUCUUGCAACAGACUGUAUAUCUUCUCUGUCUUUCUAACUGCUAACUGCACAGGCGUGUUGUCACACUAGCCACAUUAAAGAAUUACAUUUUCUGCAGAGGGAAAGAGAGUAGUGAGAGAGAAAGAGAGAGGGCGAGAAAGAAAAGGAGAGAGACAAAAAAAAUGAGAAAUAUGGAAGAAAGUGAGGGAGAGGGAGAAAGAGAUGAGAGAGAGACACAGAGAGAGAGCUAGACAGAGUGUGUGUGAGAGAGAGAGACAGAGAGAGAGAGAGAGAGCGAGACAGAGAGUGUGUGUGAGAGAGAGAGAGAGAGAGAGAGAGAGAGAGUGUGUGUGUGAGAGAGAGAGAGAGAGAGAGAUAGCGAGAAACAGAGAUGGAGACGGAGAAACUUACUCAUGAUUUACCUUUUCAGACAUUGUCUACAGAUUUGUUAUUGUUUCGUUCAUUACCCUAGCUAAAUAUCUGCUUUCUGUGGAACAGUUCCUGUAACCUUCUCAGUUUCACAGAACUUCACAGAGGAAAGGAAAAGCACUGCACUGCAACCCGCCUCCUCCCUGAACCUGUUCUUUAUCUAGCAGACUGAUGCCUUGACGGAUGGGGAGGACGGGAAGGGAUUCCCUGUUUUGAAGCCAGGCCCUGUUAUGAUGGUUCAAUAGUAACUUCAAAUCUCCAGCUCGCAAGUUGCCUUUAACCCACUCAUGUGUCUUAUAGUAGACAGGCUGCUUUCUGCAAGCGCCAUGUCAGUGCUUGCGCUCUACUCCUGGGUUGGGAUCAAUGCCAUUUCAAUUCAGUCAAUAAAAACAAAUCUAUGAGGAAAAUUGGAAUUUGGAUUUUCAGUUUAUUUCUUACAUUGAUAGAAUUGGAAUGGCAUUGAUACCAACCCUGCUGUAUAUUGCAUGUGAAUGUGAUGUGGAAAAGAUUGUGCCCAGUACAAUUAAGCUGAUGCACUGGUACUGUUUAGUAGAUAGAUAGCAGUGUGGUUUAGUUUUUUUAGAAGUAUAAUGCCAGUGAAGGGUGAUGGUAUGUAUGUGGAUCAAAUAAAAGAAUCUAUGUGCACUUGGACAAAUGCUUAAGACAAUGUACAUGUUGCUCUGUUGAUAACAAAUAUUUUGCUGGCAAAAUAUGUAAUGUCGCUGUUGUUCUCUUUAUUAUGCAGUAUAUACCAUGUUUUGAAUUGCCACAGUCUUUUGUCCUGAUGGUCUUUGGCCAUAGGAAUGGCCCUAUGUGUAUAUGGCCAGGCUCAGUUCACUGUUCACUUCAAACUUCUUCACUCCUUCUGUAUGUUAUGUGGUACGGUAUGUAACCUCCCCAAUCAAAGUGGCAGCUUAUUUCUCUUUAUAUUUCAAAACCCAUACUGUACAGCUUAUUGUUACUGUAAAGUAUUGGCAAUGGUAUUUGUUUACAUCUUUUAGCUAUUGUAGUAGCUAUUACAUGCAUUCUGCAUUCCCUCAGUGCAUUAUUCUUUUUAAAUGAAAGCCCCUGUUUUGUAUUUACUCACACCUUUAUCUUUGACCAUUCAUAUUUCUAUAGAUGUUCUGAUGCAGUAUAGUUGUCUUCAAUCUUCUGUAUGUCCGCCUAUUGUUUUACUAAACAAAUCCAGAAUCAUUACUAUUCUUUAUGAAGCAAGCAUGGAUGCUAACAAAUAGUUUUAGAAUAUUUGAAAAACAUAUGUCAGCCCACCUGUAGCAAAGUGCACACUAUUGCUUUACUAUCUGUUAUGAAAUAAUUGCCGUAGCGGCAUUAUAUGUUUUACUUGUCAUUGUAGAUCAUCUUACUGUAUUCUGAUUUGUCCCAUGUGUACAUCAAUUGAGGGAGACAAUGUGAGCACCAAGAUUAGAUUUUUUAAUAAUUUACUACGUAACAAAAAGUCAGACUACCGCACCGGGAAGAAAAAUAAUGGAUUAUUGUCUGUGAAAGUGAGAUCGAUAUUGUACAGUUACAUUUUAUUUUUCAGAUUGUUUUACUACAGAUGUAGGAUCUUAAAUUGUUCACCCUGUUGCAAGAGAACUUUCCUGAAAUGCAUUUGAGGUUUAAAAAGGCUUCUGAAGUUAGUCAUUUCCACUUCGAAAUUUCAGACUUGUUUUUCCCUUUUCCAUUUAAUUAUGCUCCACAUAAUAAUUCACAUUUCCUGUUGCUGCAGGAUUAUUUUCCUGCUUUAGCAAACUGGCUCAAAUUAAGAUCCUACAUCUAUAUGUGUGUAUGUAAAGGCCUUAGCUCAUAAAGUGCUUUCCCACUGUGCACAGGCGUCAAUUCAACAUCUAUUCCACGUUGAUUGAUUGAAAUGACGUGGAAACGACGUUGAUUCAUCCAGUGUGUGCCCAGUGGGUUGUUGUUGGAGCUGUAUGAUCCGUCUUACCUCUGUAAGUACUGUACAACCUUGUUAAAGACUGAUAAAUAUCACGUUGAAGCAUUGUGUGUAAAUAUAUCUGGAGGCUACAACCUAUAUAUGAAUUUAUAUGAGCUUAGAUGAACACAAAGAAGAAGUGAUCUUAUUGACAGACUCCACACUCUUGGAAGAAGAGCAUACUUGAAGCGGAAUUAGUGACACUCUCGAUUGUGGUGCAUUUUAUAUGUACUAAAAACUGCACUGGAUUUCAAUGUAAAAUUGGAAUUGUUUUGUAAAAAUUAUGUUUUUUAUUAUUAUUAUAUAACAAGUGCUAAUGAACAAUACUGGUAAAAGAGAGGGUUGCUGUGUACUUUUGUAUACAUGGUAUGAAUGGUGAAUAUUCUGGCAUUAUAUUAAAAUGGGUUCGUAAUGUGCACAGAUACGCACUGAUGUUGAAAUUAUUAUCAUGUGGGGGUCUCAGGUAUUUGUAUUCUAUGUACUUCUAUACACUGUUGUAUUUCUUCCAGUACAUCUUGGAAUACAUCAUUUCUUUAUCAACAAAAUCUCAAAAUCAUAAUUUGGGGUAUUAAAAUAAAAAAUGUAAUUGUAUCACAAUCA